AAAAUAUUGAAACCAAUGAAACGACAAAGGUUGCUAUGAUCUUUUUUCUUUGAGUGGGUGUGUAGGGCAGUAGGCCGUUGUAAUUACGUUAAUAAUACCUUAAGGGACAUAUUUGUGGACACGUUCAAAUGUUUUACACAGAUCACCUGUAAGUGAAAUAUUUACUGGAACGUACUGAAGGAGACAGAGUGACUGGAAAUUGUGAUUGAUUUUUAAAUUAGGAUUAUUUCCCAGUAACCAAUGAAGCUAUUUAAUAGCUAAAAUGAGCCACAUCUACCAUUUCCUCCCUGUUUAUGCGGCAAUCCUUGGACUUGUUUCCAUCAAGACAAGUCUCUCUGUUGAGUGCAACACAACAAACGCCAAUGAAACCUGGUGUCUUGGUGCAACUCCUUCGAGUUAUGAAAACAACCUUGAUGGAAUGUGUAACGUUAGUGUUUCACAACAAGCCUGCUUCAUGAAACUUCCAGAUUCUACAAUCAACACUUUUUCACAAUGUAUUGGACUGUCUUUUAACACGCCUUUCAGCAGCAAAGACCACAUAUGGAAUCUCCAUGGAAUAAUAGACACUGCUUUAGAUAUCUACUCAUUUAUGAGAUCAAGCUUUAGCCAUGGGUCCAUCCUUGAGCUGUUUGAUGCUAUGAAUCUGAACCCUGAAACCGAUAGGUUUAAUGAUACAGACUUUGUCAAAGCGUGGUUUGAAGUGAAGCUCAGGCCACUCCUGUCAACAUUAUCCCAGGAAUUUUUAUCAUGUCUCAGCACCAAACACUUCAGCUGUGAGACCUACCAGACUGUGGUAGAAGAGCUGAACAAACAUUUUUCAGGCAUGGACUCAGUAAGGAAAAAGUGGAUCUAUAUGUCUUUCAUGUAUCCUUUCCUAUCUAGGAACAGUACAGAAGGUACAGGUUGUGCAUCUCCAGAAGACAGCAGUGAAGACUGGCUAUUGAAGAAUUUUGGCCUAUUUUCUGCCAUGGCUCGCUUUAAACACUUAACAGAAUUGAACGUUUUCUUUAGAGGACUGGAGGUUCUGCAUAUCCUAACUCCAGAGCAAAAAGCUGAACUUCUCUUGCAUCCAGAGCUUUCUGGUCUGGAUAAUAACAAAUUCAGACUGGUGUUUAAGAGCAUGUUAAACCCCCUCCUGGAAAACCAGGAUCUGACUGACUCAACAACCCCACAGACCACAACCCUGGCUACCACAGUAUCAGCAACUACUGCAGAAAGGAGACUUCAGAAGAGAAUCAAAGGGUUUCUGACCUUCUUUAAACCAGUGGGGAGUUUUGUCAAGAAGUUUGUGUCUCUCACUAAGCAGGAAGAUUUUUCUUCAAUGAAGAGUAUUACACUCACCCAGGCAAUAAUGAACUGGACUUUAUCAGAACUAGCCAGUCACUUUGUUACAAACAUUACUGAUGGGGAUAACACCACGCCCACUCCACCACCGAUCCACUUUGACAUCACUGAUAUUAAUGACUGGUUCUUGCAUGUAGCAGUACCACUUUUAAAACGUUUCUUACCUCACAAUCAAACCGUGAUCUCCGGAAAACUUGGUGAAAUUUUCCACCAUGUUUUCUCUUUAAAUAAUUCUGCUGAUCACGAACUGCCUGGCCCAGCAGAUGUUUGCAGUAUUUCUUCUGUAGGGGUGUCUUGCUCAGUACCCAAUGCAAUUGAAAACAUGGCCUAUUUUUUUUAUUGCGCCUCCCAUGCUAAUUUGAGCCUUACUGAAGAAAACAUUGUGGCAUUACUCAUUGAACUCUCCAAAGCUCUUAAUUCACUGUUGGAAAAUUACUGCUCAUUGAAUUUUAUGUCCGUCGGCUCCUACAUAAGAGACAUCAUUGGACUGCCUCAAACACACUUUACAGAGGAAAAUCUUCAGGAUGUGAAUUUCAUCCAACUCUGGUUCCAAAUCAAACUCAGACCACAUUUAUCAUCACUGUCAAAAGAGUUUCUCUCCUGUCUCAGUACCAAGAACUUCAGCUGUGAGACUUUUCAAGCCCUUGUACUGGACCUGAGUAAUCACAUCUCAGAAAUGGGUGAAAUCCAACAACAGUUUAUCUAUAAUUAUUUUAUUUACCCUUUUCUGUCACGGAAAGACAUCUCAGAUCCAAGCUGCACUUUUCAAGCAAGCAGUAGUAAGGACUGGCUGAUUAAGAAUUUUGGUGCAUUUUCCAUCUUUGCACAUCUAGAGGAUUUUUAUAAGCUAUACAAAAACUUCUCAGCACUGGAAGUCCUAGAUGUUCUAACACCAUACCAGAAAGCGGAGCUGAUUGUUUUUCCCUAUAAUGAACUGGAAAAUCCAAGUGUCGUCAUCAACACAGUGUUUCAGUACUUCCUGGAAUCACCAAAGGAGACAAAUUUUGAAAAAUGCCUGCAAUACCUUGUUUCUUUAGCUCAGAAGGUAAAUAUCAGUUGUGACUCCUACAGAACCAUCUUUAUGAACCUUGAUGUGGCUUUGUCGGCAGUGUCUACUGAUGUAGAGUCAUUUAUCAUUGAAAUAAAGGAGCACUUAAUUCACUCAGUGCCACAAGAUUGCCCAGUGGCCACAGAAAAGUGCCUUGUGACAACGGUUAAUGGGUCGAAAAUCUGCAGUGCAAUCAACAGCAAAGCGAUAUGUAACAAGCUUGUUAACCAUAACAUUGAAAAUACACUCUGCAAAUACAGUAUUGAAGAAUAUGCUUGUAUGCCGUUGACAGGCAUUUCACAACAUGAUUUUGUUGAACUCCUACAAUGCAAAUUGCAGAAUAACUGCACUUCUUCAAAACAAAUCUGGAUGUUAUUCUUCCAAAAAAUUUCAGGACAACUGGAUGAAAUUCUAGACUUGUAUUACAACCCGAAUAUCAGCUUCAGCAGUCUGUCCAUCUCCAACGUGCUGGAUGUGAUCGGUGAAAUUACAAUUGACAAAUUUAACUCCACAUCCCUAAGAAAUGUUGAUGUCAUAAAUCAGUGGUUCCAGAGGAAACUCCACUCGUUCUUGCCAUCAGUGUCUAAAGAGUUUCUCUCUUGUCUAAGCACAAAGAACUUCAGCUGUGAAACAUUCCAGGCUGUUGUGAAGGCUCUGAGUGACCAAGUUUCAUGUAUGAACACACUGCAACGACAGUCUGUGUAUACCCUUUUCAUCUACCCCUUCCUAUCAAGAAAUGACACUUUAGAUGGUUCCUGUAUCUCCGAUACCAACAGCAGCUUAGAUUGGCUUCAGAAGAACUUUGGGGCCUUUUCUGUCUUUGCACCUCUAGAAGAUCUUGUCAGCCUCAACAGCAAUUUCUCUGGUUUUGAUUCACUGCCUCUACUAUCACCCACCCAAAUAGCAGAAGUGGUACUGAGGGCUAGAGAAAUUAAUAUAAAUCAGACUGAAGCUGUAUUUAACAGACUGGAGAUCGGUAACUCAUUCCAGAACGUCGAUGAAUUUCUGACGAAACUGGCCCAAAGUCCAGCGGUGAGCACCUCUAGCUGUAAAUGCAAAAUCCACUGAAGCGUUUGAAAUAUGACAAA